GCACUGCCAGUAAAAUCGGAAUACUUUGCGCACUAGUGUAGAAAGUUCAGAUGCAAAAGAAUAAACCUAUUGUACGUGUAAACAACAAUGGCGACUGUUACGGCUGGAGUGGAGGAGUUAAUUAGUUAUUUUAAAACCCACAACAAAAUCCGCGAACAGCAGAGCCAUUCGGCGAAAGUUCACAGUGUAGGAUGGAGUUGUGAUGGCAAGUUACUAGCUUCAGGCUCUUUCGACAAGUCUGUCUGUAUAUUUUCACUGGGUCCUGAUCGUUUGAAGCAAGAAACAACUUUCAGAGGACACGGCGGUAGCGUGGAUCAACUCUGCUGGCAUGCAUUUUAUCCAGAAUUAUUAUCCACAGCGAGCGGAGAUAAGACUGUUCGUAUUUGGGACACAAGGACACAGAAAUGCACAGCAAACAUCGGCACCAGAGGAGAGAACAUCAACAUAUCUUGGUCACCGGAUGGCAAUACCAUCGCAGUAGGAAACAAGGAAGACCUGGUUACCUUCAUCGAUGCUAGGGUAAUGAAGAUACGUGCAGAGGAACAGUUCAAUUUUGAGGUGAACGAGAUCUCUUGGAACAAGGACUCGGAUACUUUUUACCUAACAAACGGCCAAGGCUGCGUCCACAUACUCAGUUAUCCCGAAUUGAAAUUGUUACACGUAAUCAAGGCGCAUCCAGGUACAUGCAUUUGCAUCGAGUUCGACCCAACCGGUCGGUACUUUGCUACAGGAUCCGCAGAUGCGUUGGUCUCUUUGUGGGACGCCGACGAAUUGUGCUGCCUGAGAACAUUUUCAAGGCUGGAGUGGCCCGUCCGGACUAUUUCCUUCUCGUACGAUGGUCAACUACUGGCAGCUGCCUCGGAAGACUUGGUCAUUGACAUCGGUGAGGUAGAGACUGGUGAAAAGAUUGCCGAUAUUGCAGUGGAGGCGGCAACUUUUACCGUUGCCUGGCAUCCGAAACAGUACCUCCUGGCUUACGCGUGUGACGACAAAGAUACGUACGAUCGGAAACGCGAUGCCGGCAGCUUAAAGGUGUUUGGCUUCGCCAAUGAGUGAGAAUGAUCAUUUUUAGCGUUUGUGUAUAUCGGCACUGCCAUUGGUACUGCUUAAGAGAUGCCAUUAUAAAUAAACUCGUAUGUGAAGCAGGCAUCGCGUGUCACCGCAAGCUGCACGACGUCAUUUUACACGAAGGAAUCAACAUAUCGGUAGCGCCGACAAAAAGUAUCUCGCAAUACUCGAUCCUUCGCACACACACACAAUGAGUGGAGAGUUAAUGAAUAAAUUCCGACUUUGCCACUUUGGCAAUAUCUUUAUAUAUA